AUGACGUUCAAAGCACCUUCGUUCGUACCACCACUGCCUGACGUGCCAGAUACUGUACCAUUGCCAGAAUUCAUGUUCGAUGAGCAGUACGGAAGGUACCCCGUCUCCAAGUCUAGAGAUGCUUACACUUGCGGCCUUACCGGCGCAAGCAUAUCGUCUCAGGAACAGAAGGCUCGGGUCACCUAUCUUGCGCGAGCACUCGCAGAAGAGCUAGGAUGGAGUGUGAAUGAAGGAUCUGAGUUCGAUAAGGUUGCUGGGAUUUUUGCUUUGAAUACGAUCGAUAUAAUGACACUUAAUUGGGCAAUUUUGAGCAUCAAUGGUGUUUCAUCUCCUGCGAAUGCUGCGUACUCAGUUGAGGAACUUCGCCACCAAUUACAUUUUUCUGGAUGCAAGGCUUUGUUCACAGUGGCUUCGUUGCUUCCAGUUGCACUAGAAGCUGCUACUUUGGCAGGCCUAUCGCAUGAACGAAUAUACAUUUGCGAGAUGCCUGGGGAUGGUGUUUAUCCGGGUCAUCACAAGACGAUCUCCGAACUGAUUGAUAGAGGGAAGGAUUUACCUAGCCUAGAACCUAUAAGAUGGACUAAGGGUCAAGGCGCGCGGCAAACGGCGUUCCUUUGUUACAGCAGCGGUACUUCAGGCCUUCCGAAAGCAGUCAUGAUAUCUCAUCGAAAUGUCAUAGCAAACACCAUUCAAAGCUGCACAUUUGAGAAAGCAAGUCGCGAUUCCAGGGGUCUGGACUACCGAGACGUUGCCCUUGGCUUGCUCCCGCAGUCUCACAUCUAUGGCCUCGUUAUUAUCGCACAUGCAUCCACUUGGCGGGGCGAUCAAGUCAUCAUCCUUCCCAAAUUCGAGCUUAAACCCUAUUUGAGCGCGAUAGCUAAAUACGGGAUCAACACUCUCUACCUAGUACCUCCCAUCGCCAUCAACAUGGCAAAUAGUAGCGACGUUAUGCGAUCCUACGAUCUCGGUUCCGUACGACAAAUAUACUCUGGGGCCGCCCCAUUAGCGAAAGAGGUUACCGACAAAUUGCUCACCCAGCAUCCCAACUGGGUUAUUCGCCAGGCAUAUGGCCUGACGGAAAGCUCCACGGUCGUCAGCUCGACAAGCCCAUACGACAUCUGGCCAGGCUCAUCAGGAUGCCUACUGCCCGGCUGCGAGGUCAAGCUGAUUGACACGGAGAGCGAGAAAGAAGUCACAGGCUAUGGAGAAGCUGGUGAGAUUCUGGUCAAGUCACCUGCAGUUGUUCUUGGAUAUCUGAAGAACGAGAAAGCCACCCAAGAUGCCUUCGUCGAUCUGCCAGAGGGUCGCUUCCUGAAAACUGGGGAUAAGGGCGAGUUUCGGCUGUCACCUGAUGGCAAAGUUGAACAUUUGUGGAUAGUUGAUCGAAUCAAAGAGCUCAUCAAGGUAAUGGGGCACCAAGUUGCGCCAGCGGAACUCGAAGCCUGUUUACUCAAUCACAGUGCAGUAGCCGACUGCGCGGUCACCUCCAUUUUCGAUAACAUGGCCGGUGAGGUUCCCAAGGCAUACGUUGUCAAAUCAUGCAAUGCUCUAGUAUCUCCAAAGAGCGAUGAGGCUCUGAGGGAUGAUAUUCUUGAUCACAUUCGGAGGCAGAAGGCUCGGUACAAAUGGAUCACGGGAGGCAUUGAAUUUCUCGAUGUUAUCCCAAAGUCUCCAUCCGGAAAGAUACUCAGGCGAGUGCUGCGCGAUAAAGAACAAGAGAGGAGAAGAGCCGUUGGUGCCAAGCUCUGA